UAGAUAGGACACUGUUGUUGACCACCACACCCUCAUUCCCUGUUUCCAUUUCAUCCAAAUUAGAGCUAAAAAGAAAAAACAAACUUCAUCCACACCAAUCCAAUCCAAGGAAGCACAGUGGGUUGUGGAGAUAAAUGGCCACAGGCAACCUUGUACUAUUCCCUCUGGUGCACCCCAUCAUCACCACCACCCCGCGUUUCCUUCAUGCGCCAUCACUCACUCUCUCUCGAACCGCCUUUCCCUCCCUCCUCACCGCGCGUGCUGCCGGCACCGAUUUCUUGGGCGAUUUUGGGGCGAGAGACCCUUUCCCGGCUGAGUUGGAGAGUGGGUUCGGAGAGAAAGUGUUGGGAAACGUUAACACCGAACACAAAAUUCUCAUCCCCAAUAUCUCUUCUCUGUCGCUCUCCCAGAAACACUGCACUCCCAUUUCCCCCAUACAACCUCCCAUUUCAGAAGAUGAUGCUCAGAAACUCGUCAGAAAGGUUGUAGGUUGGAGACUUGUGGAUGAAGAAGGUGGACUUAAACUUCAAUGCUUGUGGAAAUUGAGAGAUUUUAAAUGUGGUGUUGAACUCAUUAACAGGAUCUCCAAGGUUGUAGAGGCCGAAGGCCAUUUCCCAAAUAUCUACUUGGAACAACCAAAUCAAGUCAGAGCAGAACUAUGGACAGCUUCCAUUGGAGGAUUAAGUAUGAAUGAUUUUAUCGUUGCUGCAAAGAUAGAUGAAAUAAAGACAUCAGAUCUUGUCCCAAGGAAAAGAGUUUGGGCUUAAUGCCCACUGAACUCCGUUAAAUAUUUUGCCAUUAGAUUUUCUUCAGCAAAGAAUACCACUAAUUGGUAUUAUUUGAUAAAAUCUGUUAUUCUUUGCCCUCAUUUUUUAUUGUUUCACUGCUUAAGCCUGUGUAUAUGUGUCAUGUCUAUUCUUGUUUGAAUGUUUGGUAAGUGCAGUGAUUCUCACAACGAAAACUAUAUCAUAAACCAGCCACUUAUGUGCCUCGCAUGCAUGCCAAAACUUGGAGGGUUCCACUAAGAAUUGAACAUUAUGAAUUAUGACUAUUUGUUUGUGUGAAAAAAUACUCUACAGGUUCUGCAUGAAAUCUAUAAAGUCUUGUAGCAUAAUUUUGCAUGGGCAAUUACUUCAUUAGCACUGCCCUUAGCUGGAUUUGUAGGAGCAAUAUCAGUUGCAUUUACAUUUGAUUAAGAAUCACAUUUCUGAAAUAAAAGGGAUCAAAAGUGUCUAUUGCUGCUU